AAACUUCUUUGUCCAUGUUGUCUUUUAGAGCAAGAUCAUUUUUCAGUCAAAUCUGUGCAAGAUAUACAUCSACAAUGUUCAAUCGAAUAGGAAAAAAAGUAGUAGAUCUAGAUACUCCAGCGCUCUUGAUAGAUUUAGACAAAUUCGAAAAAAAUUUGAAGAAACUACCCGAGAGUCUACUCGCAGUAAACUCUGGAGUGAAAGUACGUCCACAUUGUAAAGCACAUAAAUGUCCAACGAUCGCCCACAAACAGAUAAGCCAUGGCGCAGUUGGUGUAUGUUGUCAAAAGCUAUCAGAAGCAGAAAGCAUGGUGGUUGGUGGUAUAAAAGAUAUUUUGAUAUCAAAUGAG